CUUGACCAUAAAAACAAAAAUAUAUUUCACCACAGUCAUAACAAUAUGAAUAGCUCAAGUAUGCAUCCUCGUACUUUCUGUAACCUCGGUUGCGUGUGUUGUGCUCAGUUAAUUGCUCAUAAUCAACCCUGUCCAUGUUGGAGACCUCCUGUAACAGUAUCAGUGGGUAUACAGACAGAUGAUGGCAUCAAUUAUGGUUACGCAUCAGAUUCCUACUUCACUAAAGGCACAGCAGCACAUUCUAUGUUACAUAGAAGUAUUCGAGAGGUUGCCAGCUGUUCAACAAAUAUUGGAGUCCACCUGAUUCAAGAUAUGUUUCCAGAAUUAAAAAAGACUCCAAGAUCAACAAAGAAACUUGCAGCCGCCAUAUCCAGCAGAAGAAGAAACAAAAGGCAGUACUUGCAACUGAAAGACAAAGCAGGCAGUCAAGGCAAAACUGUAAAAAGACUACUGAAAGACCGCAAGGAUCAAAAAUUACAACUUAAUGUGCCCAUUGGUUCACCACCAAGUAUAGAUACUACAGAAGACUUGGUGUCUUUGUCCCCAAGGCCAGCAUCGCCUUAUCCAAAUGAACAAGAUUCAUUUGAAGAGACCACUACAGUGGAAGAGACCCUCAACAUAACAACUAUAGAAGAGAGCUUCAACAUGUCACCAUUGAGCUCACCUACUAGUGACAUUCCUUUAGCACGUUUAGCAGCUAAAGACCUAUCUAUUGAAGACUGUGACACAUCAGAUGAAGAAAUGGACAAAAGGCUGAUAGACUUUGUCAGGCAUUAAAUUACAUUUGUGUAGUCCACUGACAAUGACUGAAAUCUGUAUCAAAUAGUAAAUGUAUUUAUACUUUGUACAUACAUGUAUAUAGCAUAUGAUUAUUUAUAAGCCUAGGUACUUAAUAUAUUAUAAAUUGUUGGAAUUAAAUUGAAUUAUUCAUUGAACAUUAACAUGCUUUAUUCCACAGGGGUAUACAUGUACAUGUAUUUUUUUAUUUGUGUUCAUAUGUAAGACAUUCGGAUUGUAAUAUCUUGCAUCAGUUCAAAUGUUUUUUGUCUUCUUUUCAAGAACUUUUUUAAACCAUAAUAAAUUUGAAAUUGGUCUUACUUAAGAUAAUAGUCAGAGCUGAUUAACAAAUAUUUUUCAAUUAAAUUAGUGCUAUAUCAUGAAUAUGUGCAUGC